CUUUGACGGUGCACAAGUUAAAAGUAGAGCAGAACAUCUGAUUUGUGUGAGAGUAAACAUACGUGUAUAAAAGAAAUUAACGAUUCGCGACACUUUAGCAGAAAGUGAAACGCGUGCAGCCCAUUGGAACAUUUCUCUUUUGUCUAGGAAUAAUAGGGUCCGCUAUUGACCUUAUUAGUGAACCAUGGUGCAAACGUGAUCUCCACCUUGAACGUCGAAACUCGAACAGUUGAGUCCACUGACCUCAACUCGCCAAUAAUCAUCAUGUCCUCCCUCGGGCGGAUUAACAGACUGCCGCAAGAUUUGGCUGCGAGAAUGCGCAUCGAAAAUUCGGAGCAGCCUCUGCUCGGCGUUGAGGACGACGACGAAGACGAUCUGCCGACAUUCUGCGUGCGAUGCCGAAGUUUGUCAGGGUCACUCGGCGAACCUUGGCGAACCGAGUGCAAUGGUCACCACCCCUCGCCCCGUGCCACUCCUCAACUGAUCAUCAACGCUGAGGAUCCGGACGUGCCCCUUCUCACAAAUGUGGAGGGCUACAACACAACUUUGCUUCCGCCCUUUGAAGAAUACCACUGCCACUCGCUAUCACAGAAGGACACUUCUUCGUCCCCUUGGAAACCUCUUUUAGCCGCUACUUUGAUGUGCUUGGUUUUUAUGAUUGCCGAGGUAAUUGGAGGGUACUUGGCAGGUAGUCUUGCUGUUAUGACUGAUGCUGCUCACUUGAUGUCAGAUUUUGUUGGAUUCCUUGUCAGCCUCUUUGCAAUUUGGGUCGCAAAGUGGCCCUCGAACAAGAACCUCCAAUUUGGUUAUCACCGUGCUGAAAUUUUGGGUGCAAUGUCGAGCAUUUUCAUCAUCUGGAUUUUGACUGGGAUCUUUGUGUACCUGGCUGUGCUCAGGGUUAUCAACCAAGACUUUGUAAUUGAACCUGAUACCAUGAUGAUCGUUGCCGCACUUGGGGUGGUGGUGAAUAUAUUUAUGGGACUAGCUCUACAUGGGGCUUGCUUUUCAUCACACGGACAUUCACAUGGACACCAUCACAGCGAUGACUCAAACAGGAAUAUUAACAUAAGAGCUGCUGUGAUUCAUGUUGUUGGAGAUCUUGUGCAAAGUGUCGGUGUCUUCAUAUCCUCAAUAGUCAUCAAAUUUUAUCCUCAAGCAAAAUUAGCCGAUCCUAUCUGCACUUUCGCAUUCUCUCUUCUGGUGCUUUGCACAACCGGACCUAUUGUGAAGGAUGCUACCAGGGUGCUCAUGGAAGGUGCCCCUCGGCACUUGGACUAUUCGGCAGUGCUAAAUGCACUGCAAAGCAUCGAAGGAGUUCGUCUGGCUCACAGUUUGCAGAUGUGGAGCCUCUCGCUUAGUCAGACAGCAGUUAUGGUGCAUCUUGCUGUCGAUCCGUCUGUCGAUAGGGACCAUGUCUUACACAUGUCGAACAAACUUCUGCGCCGCAAGUUCAACAUCAGCAUGAGCACAGUGCAAGUGGAGCGAUAUCAACCAGACCUCAUGAGCAAUUGUGUUCAGUGUCAACCACUCUCCUCAUAAUCAUGCAAAACUAGCGGGUGAUUUGAAUAUGUGAUAAGAACCAAGCGUGGAGCAAUUUAAUAUAGUUUUGCUUUUUUAAAGACGUCUUGCGUAGCAAUCACAGAAUUUAGAGAUAUUAAGGACUUAGAUUUAAAUUUUUCCAUCCGGUAUCUUAAACCCUGACCACAAGAUUGAUUUAUACUCAAAGAGAUCUUGAAAUUUAAAAUUUUUUACUCUAGCUAAAAAAGCCGAUGUGUUAUUAAUUGAUUUUCAUAGAUUAAAGAAGUGACUGAAAUUGGAGAAAAAAAAUAUAGGAUAUUAAUUAGAAGUCUAAAUGAGAUAUUUUGGGUGCAUAAUUAUUUUGAUUGUACUUUAUCUUUGGAGAUAUCGUUAGGCGUAUCAGUGUAGUUGAUCAAAUUCCAUAUUACGGCACAAUAGUCUAUAAUAUACCAGAUUUGGUUACUGAAGGAAUGUACUACUUGCACAACCCGGUUGUUAUCAUGUUAAAAUAAUGGACUCUUAUUUAAAUCAAAUGCAGAUUUUAGUCUCGAUUUAAAUUGAGGUUUCUUACCUUCCAGGACACAUCACAUGAAUCAAAAAUUAAUAACAUCACAGCCAUAUGUAUGAAACAUGAUGCCACAUUCCUGUGCUGUACCAAUACAAGAUCUAUUUUAUACA